CUAUUAUUCAUUAUUAAAAGAUAAAAGCAUAUUAAAAUAAAUUGUAUUUAAAUAUAAAUAAUUUAUUAAUAUUGCUCCAUCGAUAAUAAUUUUAUUUUACGAAAAAGAGAAUUAAAUAUAUAUUAAUUUUUAUACAAAAGAGAUCAAAAAUACAUAUUUAUACUACACAUAUAAAUUUUACUUAUUUUUGGUUAGUUAGUAAUAUGAAUUAAUAUAUAUGAAUUAUAUUUAUGAUAUUUUAUAUAAUUCUAUAUGAAUUAAUAUUUUCUUAAGAUGUCUAGUAAUAUUGAAAUUUUUGUAUCACUACUGCGAUCAUAUAAAGAGGUUUCGACACUCGCUAGAGAAAACCGUUCGAAAAUUGAGUCGUGUCUAGUUGUGAAAAAUCAUCAUGGAAGCUCAAUAAAAUCCAAGUUCUUGUAAGACAGACAGACUUCUUGUCUUCCAUGCUGAUUUUUCACAGGUAGUUAUACUCGAUUUUCCUUAAACUUCAGUAUUAUAUGAGUGUCAAGAGUCAAGAAUUUUUUAGAAGAUCAUGAUUAAUACUGUCAGAAAUGUCAGAGCUACCUUGACUUAACAUCCUAUAUUGUGUGAAUCUGCCCUUAAGAAAAUUUCUUAAGAAUAAUUUUAAAAUGUUCAUUGUUUAAUGUAUUUAUUCAUAUGUUUAUAAAAGUAAUGAUUUUCCAUUUAAAAGAGGAUAUGUAUAUAAAUAUAUGUAUAGAUCGUGAAGAUUUGAAGUUCUACAUUUAAAAUUGAUAUACAUACAGAUUUCAACCUUAAAAAUAUUUUGUGUUUGGUUGAAGUAUUAAUUUCAUAAUUUAUUAAACUUAAUAACAUACAUGAUAUAAUCUUUUGCAUACCGUGAUAUAAAAAUACUAUGAAAAGAAUAAAACUUAAGCCUAAGAAUCCAAACCCACUAUUUGAGCUCUGGUUAGAAGAAUGGAGAAAAGAGGCUGCAUCGAGAAAUUCCGACUUGCAAUAUCAUUUUUCGAAAGCACUCGCUGCAUUAAAAAAAUAUCCCUUGCCGUUAAAAUCUGGGAAGGAUUGUAUAAUAUUGCAACACUUUGGCACAAAAUUAUGCUCCAUGUUAGAUAGAAAACUCAAAGAAUAUAAAGUUCAAAAUAAUGACUCAGUAAGUGUGAAGAAUGUUUGCAAGCACUGCAGUUUUAAUAAACAACCUGUAUUUAAAAGGAAACGCAGAUCACAACAAAUUAUUGUGGACGCAGAUUUCGUACCUGAAAGAACAGAACUAACAACAUUUGACGACUUAAAUUUAUCAUCUUGGAAUGUAGAAAAUUAUGCUGCCUUAUUGAUAUUAUAUAAGAAAACACUAGACUCAUGUUAUUUAGGAUAUACUACAGAAACAGAUCUACUGUUGGAAAUGAAACAGUUGUGUGGGCAUGGAGCAAAGACUUCAGUCUUAGAUUUGUUUGAAAGUGGAUUAAUUUCUAUGAUAGGUAGACCAAUUAGGUAUAAUCUUACAGAGCAUGGUAUAAGUAUUUCAAAGAAGAUAUGUGAAAUUACAACUACUGAUGUAAUAUCAUUAAAUUCUUUUGAAGUAUUAAAUAAAAUUCAAAACUCAUUAAAACCAUUGAUUACACAAAAGUCUAAGUUAAUAAAAGAUUCAGCCGAUCUUAAUAAUAGGAAUGAGGAAACUAUUACUAUUGAAAAUCACUGCCAACAACCUGAUGAGAAUUUUGAAAAACGAAAAUUGAAGGAAAAUAUUGUCUACCCAAAAAGAGUGCAAGAAAAAAUGAAAGAAGUAAAAGAUAUGAAUCAUGUACAUAAUUUAGAAAAUAAUGAAACAGAUUUUACAGAUGAUUUUCAAAGAAACUAUUAUUUAGAAUCAAGAAAUUUUGAUAUAAUAUUAUUAGUAGAUACACAAGAGACUGCUGGUGGUAGGACAGAACCUCAACAUGAUGCUACUAUCACAGGACUAACAGAGUUUGGUGUAUCAUUUGAGAUACGUCAUUUAAAAGUUGGUGAUUUUGCAUGGAUUGCUAGGUGUAGAAAAAAUAAAAAUAAUGAACUAAUCUUACCCUUUAUAGUAGAAAGGAAACGAAUAGAUGAUUUAAGUGCAAGUAUUACAGAUGGAAGAUUUCAUGAACAAAAGUUUAGAUUAAAGCAAUCUGGAAUUACAAAUCUUAUGUACAUAAUUGAAGAUUAUGAGAAGGGUCAAAGAUUGACAAUACCACAUUCAUCAUUGAUGCAAGCUUCCAUUAAUACUUUGAUACAAGAUGGUUUCUCUGUAAAAUAUACUAAGAAUCAUAAAGAUUCUAUGUUUUAUUUGUCAUCAUUAACUAGAAUUUUAAUAAAAAUGUUCAAAGAAAAAAACCUGAUAGGUUGUAAAAAAGAAGUUAUUACACGAACAAAUAUUUCAAAUAAUACCUGUAGUCUCAUGGUAUUUGAAGAAUUUAAUAAAGCAGCUUCUAAACAAAAGGUUUUUAAAGUAAAUCAAAUGUUUGUCCGCCAACUACUACAGUUAAAAGGAAUGUCCAUAGAUAAAGCUUUAGCAAUUGUAGAACAUUAUCCAACUCCCCGAUUAUUAGUUGAAGCUUUUCAGAAGUCUGGUUGCAAUGAAUAACAGCAUCAGUGACAAAUUGAUAAAAAAUUUUAUUGAACCAGUAUAUAACAAUUUAUUGACGUACUUGGUAAAGUACUUGGUAAAGUAUAUCAUUUUAUUUCAAUAAUUUAUGCCUUUCUUCCAUUCAGAAUAGUCAUAAUCAUAUAACAUUGACAUAACUCUUAGAAAAUGUAAGAUUGGGUUGUCAUUAAACCAUAAAAUUACUAGAAACGAAUAUUUUCGAGUAGGUACGAACGAUUAUUCUCUCAGUGACAAGAACAUGGUGAAAUACGACAUACAAGCUUUAACAGUCUUGAAAUUAAAGAAUUAUUAUUACUAACAUCCGCUUAAAUUAUUAUAACA